AUGGCUGAUAAAGUUACGACAACUUUUGAUCCAACAUCUAUAAUCAAACAUAUCACUAGUUUUAAAACAUACAAUGACAACGUAGAAGAAACAAAUGAGAACAAUAACCAGAUAUCUAGUGGCGAGAUUCUUUGGGAAAUGUCAUCAUCCACCUCAUUCACUCAGUUAUUCUACGAAAACAACCUGGUUGACAUUUCCAUUCUACACUUGGAGUCAUUCAUCAUCUUUAAAACAAACAAUAAUAAUAAUAAUAAUAAUAGCAAUAAUGAUGAAGAUGAUACCAUUAUUAUUGAAAAUCAAACAAGAUUAAUAGAGAUUUCAAUUGCAAUCACUAAUUUACUGGUUAUAUCUACAAAGAUUUUACAAACAUUAAAUAUAUUAUUUUAUCAUUCAACUUUAACCGAUAGAAUUGCAAUGAUAAACUUUGGUAUUGCAAGUGCAUUCAAAGAUAUAUUGGAUAAUAAGGAUUUGGACAACUUCUAUAGUACAAGUAUGAUAGAAGAGAUAUUAGAGAGUAUAAUGAGAUUCAUCGAUACUAAAGAGGAGGAUUGUGAACAAGAUCGUAUCGUAGAAUUCAAAGAGUUGUACUCUGAUUCAUUCAAUUGCCUAUCUGAAACCAUCUUGGAAAUAUUCUAUUCAGCUGUCAAAGAAGAUGAACCUUCACUCAUAUCACAAACUAUCAGUCUUUUAACAACUGACUUACUAUCUAUUGACAUUGUUUAUCUGAAUUCUGUUGAAUUUUGGAAUACAUUGUUAUCAUUAGAUUUAUCGAAUAUAGAUGCAUCAAAAGAGGUUGUAACACUACUAAACAAUUUGACAACCUCUGACAAUUUGGAUGUAGAUGUUAUCCUUUUGAUAUCGAAUCAUUUCUCAUCGUUGUUUGAUCUUUUACUAUCUGACGAUCAAUGUGAUCAAAGUACUUUAGAUAUGUUAAAUAGAUUUAAAAUAAUCUUUAUUGAUACAUUGAAAUUAGUUGAUUCAGAAGAGAAUCAGCCAUCAGUGACAACAACUUCUUCAUCUUCAUCUUUAACCUCAUCAACAACAUGCGAUAGUAACAAUAGAAACAAGCUAAUAGAGAAUAUAGAUUUAAUACAAUCGAUAAAGAUAGAGAAUAACUAA